AUGUCCAACAUCGAAGAUUUUGAUGAUUACGAUAAGAGCGCGUAUUAUUCGUACGAGGAGGAGAAUGACAAUAAUAACAACGCGGAGAGAGAGGAGGAUUUGGGAGGAGGAGAAGGGGAAGUGGAAGUGGAAGCGAUGGAGGAAGAGGAGGAGGAGGAGUCACCGUCGUCGUCGGUUUUGGGCGGCGCGACUGCUAGGAGCGGGGAGAUGGACGUAUCCCCGAGUCUCCUCUCGCGCUCGCGCUCGGUUGCCGAAAACGACGACGACGACGGGUACGUGACCCUACGCGAUGGUUCGAGGAAGCAGACGACGUUUUGGUAUAAAGCGGCGAAGAAAAUAGGGAAGAACGAGCACGUGAGAAGGUUUGGCCAACAGUCGGCAAAGUUUGGGAUGAGAGUAGCGCGAUCGAAGCCGGUGCAAUCUACGGGGAGGGGAUUUAUGAACUCGCACAGGAAGGCGAAGGAUACGUUGAAGAGGACGAAGCUGAUGCGAGACGCGAGCGAUAGGCAAGUAAAUCAAGCGAUGUUGGGGAUAAUGGUGGUGAUUUUAGCGUGUUGGAUGUUAUUUGGGAUGUUUGUGGUCGUCCCUGCGCGAGAAAGGAGACAAAGAGAAUGGGCGGAGAAGGUUGAGUCGUGA